AUGUACAAGAUUGAAGAUUAUUACUAUUUCUAUCACAAACCCGGUUGCCGGUGUCGGUUCGGUCGGAGGUUGGCGUCGCUGCGCAGGGAGGGCACCGCCCGGCCCCGAAGUGCCCAACUUCUUCGUGCCUCCAUCACGGCUCCAUCAUCAUCAACCCGACACCGGAGCGGAACGACCCACCGACGGACAGACGGACCGACGGACCGACCCAUAGACAGACCCAUAGACAGACCCAUAGAGAGACCCAUAGAGAGACAGACAGACAGACCGACCCGCCGCGAUGCUCCGCCGCCCGGUCCGGCCCCGUUCCACUAUCGCUGCUCGGGCCGUGGGCUGCUGCUGCUGCAGCCCCUUUGUGCCCACGGUCACUUGGCCAAGACGUUGGGUUACCUGGAGCUGGGGGCGGGGGGGCUCCUCAAGCACAGCCCUUACGGUGCCAUGAAGCCCCCCCCGGUGCUGCUGCCGGCCGAGCCCCCCCGCAGCCCUUGGGACUGGCAGCACAACGGGACGGGAGGGGACGCUCCGAGCGUCUCCCGUCGGAAACCAGCACUAAAAUCAUCCCGAUCCAAGAAGAUUUUCGGUUGGGGAGAUUUUUAUGUCAGCAUCCAAACGUUGAAAUUCAGCCUCUUAUUAACGGGGAAGAUCGUGGACCACGUUAACGGCACUUUCAGCGUUUAUUUCCGACACAAUUCAUCCAGCCUCGGGAACGUGUCGGUCAGUAUCGUGCCCCCAAAUAGGGCGGUGGGUUUCGAGGUGUUAUUACCGGCUCCUCUCCCUCCUCCCCCUUCAUUCCGCCCUGCCCAGCAAAGCACGUUACCCGAAGGGAGAAAUAAAGCCCUUAAUUGUCACGUCGAAUACGAGAAGACGGAUCGGGCCAGACGGAACCGACCCUGUUUGUACGACCCCAGUAAGGUUUGUUUCACCGAGCACACCCAGAGCCACGUCUCCUGGGUCUGCUCCAAACCAUUCAAAGUUAUCUGCAUCUACAUCGCUUUUUACAGUGUAGAUUACAAACUGGUGCAAAAGGUCUGUCCCGAUUACAACUUCCAGCACGAGCAUCCCUACUUCGGCUGAGAUGGG